UGAUAAUUUUAUAUAAUAUGUAUCUCCACUAAUUGUAUCUUUUAUUGUGAUGCAUUCCAUUUUGCUUUCCUUACUUAUUUUGUUUUUUCUUAUUGAUGUACUCUUCAACUCGAGUUUUAUCUCCUUUCUGUCUUUUUCUAAAAUAAAGUUAAGUUUUUCUACAUUUUAAAACUUUUGUUUGUCUUGGCUAAUAGUGCUUACGCUAUAGGAGACCUACUUAUUUCGAGAUAGCGCGUGAUAGCGUGACUGAGUGAUGUUUUCGCUAAGAAAUUAUGACGUCAUAGUUUCACCGUAGCGCUACAAAGUGCCAAGACGAACGACGAAAACGGCCUUAGCGAAAAAGUGGCCAAGACGAACGCACCCAUACAUACACACACACGUAAUAAAAUAGAAAGAGAGAGAAUAAUAAAAAGAAUAAGAGGAUAAGACAGCGAUGCUAUUGGCUACAUGACUAACUCGCGCAUGGGCAGUUUCAUUUUGGAAGAACUGCUCUACUUGUUCUUUUUCUGCGCAGCUUUGCGCGGGAAAAGAAGUACGCGAACUGUAUUGGAACGUCACUUAACCAUAAACGCUCGGCUACGUACAAAAAAGUGAAAGAUACAAAUAAAAUUAUAUAUUUAAACUAACAAAAAAAAUGGCGAAUAAACUAAUGAGAGAUUAUAAUAAGGAUAAAGACCAAUUAAAGACAUUUUUCUUGGAAUUCGUGACAACAAACGACAAGGAAGGAGAAAAUAAAAUCUUCAAGUAUAGGCAACAGCUGACCAAAAUAGCACAUAGAGAUCAGAUCAGUUUUGAGAUUGAUUUGGAUGAUGUACAAUCAUUUGAUGAAGAUUUGGCAACAGCUAUUGCUUACAACACAAGAAGAUAUACUAAUUUGGUAUUAAAUUUGGUUCAAGACAUGCUUCCUGAUUUUAAAGAAAGAGCAGUUUUACCUAAAGAUUCAUUGGAUAUUUAUAUGGAACAUCGAUUAUUAAUGCAGGCACGUAAUAAAAACCAGGGUGAAGCUCACGAUAACAGAACACAUUAUGCUCCGGAAUUGAUGCGUCGUUUCGAAGUAUAUUUUAGAGAUUUCUCUGAUGUAAAACCAUGUGCGGUAAGAGAUAUUAAGGCAGAUAAAAUAGGAAAAUUAGUGACAGUCCGAGGUAUCGUUACGAGAGCUACCGAAGUGAAACCGAUGAUAGUUGUGGCAACGUACACGUGCGACGAAUGCGGUUCGGAAGUGAGCCAGCCGGUGCAAUCUUUAAGCUUUAUGCCUGUACAAACGUGUCCGAGUGACGCGUGUCGUGUAAAUAAAUCCAGUGGUAGAUUGCAUCUGCAAACAAAAGGGUCAAAAUUUAUCAAGUUUCAAGAAAUAAAAUUGCAGGAACAUAGCGAACAAGUUCCAGUUGGCCAUAUACCACGAUCUUUAACGAUUUUCUGUAAAGGCGAGACGACAGCGCAUUGUCUACCGGGCGAUCAUGUGAUUAUUACCGGUAUAUUCUUACCUUUUCUGAAAACUGGCUUCACCGCUAGAUCUGCAGCUGCGUUGUCCAGUGAAACUUACUUAGAAGCACAUAAAGUGAUGUGCCUCAAUAACGUAGAGACGGAUGAUGUUAACGCCGAAUUGACCGAUGAAGAACUGAGUACACUGACGCAGGAUGAUUUUUACAAUAAAUUAGCCUGUUCUUUAGCACCUGAAAUUUACGGUCUUGAGGAUGUGAAAAAGGCAUUAUUGUUGCUGCUCGUUGGUGGAACAGACAAGAAAAAAGGCGACAUUAAAAUUCGAGGCAAUAUUAACAUCUGCUUAAUGGGAGAUCCUGGCGUGGCGAAGUCGCAGUUAUUGUCUUAUAUCACACGAUUGGCUUCGAGGUCACAGUACACUACAGGAAGAGGAUCGUCCGGUGUAGGUCUGACAGCUGCGAUCAUGAAGGAUCCUUUCACCGGUCAAAUGGUACUGGAGGGCGGAGCUCUGGUAUUAGCUGAUCAAGGAGUCUGUUGCAUCGACGAGUUUGAUAAGAUGGCAGACGCGGACAGAACGGCGAUACACGAGGUGAUGGAGCAACAAACUAUAUCUAUUGCCAAAGCCGGCAUAAUGACCCGCUUGAACGCCAGAGUUUCCAUACUAGCCGCCGCCAAUCCGGCAUACGGCAGAUACAAUCCACAGAGAUCGGUCGAGCAAAAUAUUCAAUUGCCCGCCGCGUUAUUGUCACGAUUUGAUCUAUUGUGGCUUAUUCAGGAUCGCGCAGAUCGAAGUAAUGAUCUUAAACUAGCGCAGCAUAUCACUUAUGUGCACCAACAUUGCUCGCAACCUCCAACGGAGACUCAAGCAAUAGACAUGAAACUGAUAAGGAAAUAUUUAAACCUAUGUAAAACGAAAGAUCCUGUUGUACCAGAGGAACUGACAGAAUACAUUGUUGAUUCUUAUGUGGCAAUGCGACAAGAAGCGCGUAACAGCUAUGACAAGACAUUCACUUCUGCUCGAAACCUGCUGGCUAUUCUCCGAUUGUCAACCGCAUUAGCCCGGCUACGAUUGUCGAACGUGGUCGACAAAGAUGACAUAGCAGAAGCGAACAGAUUGCUAGAAAUGUCCAAGCAUUCCAUCAAUUAUUCCGAGCAACGUCCGAACAUUGCGCAACAGAAUCCGAUUAACAAGAUCUUCCAUUUGAUACGGGAACUGGCCGGCGAUAAGAAAACGGUCAAGGUGUCGGACAUUCUGGAACGAUGCACGAGCAAGGGUUUCAAUCCUGAUCCUGUGUACAAGUGCAUUGAAGAAUAUGAAGCAUUGAAUGUUUGGCAGGUCAAUCAAACUAGAACAAUGAUUACUUUUAUUUAAUUGUAAGAGACAAUAUAUACAUAUUUAUGUGGAAUUCAAUGCUAUUUUGAAUAAAAAAAACUUUUGUAUUUGAAGACGAAAUAUUAUAUAAUAAUAUUCAUAAAAAUCAGUUUUUUGUACGAGACAAUAAACAUUGAGUGUAUCAUUACUGAAUGCAUACAUUUACAUUAAUACCAGUGUCAUGUUGUAUAUAAAAUACAUCGUAAUAAUAUAUGAUAGUAAUGGAAGUAUAUGGCAGGACUAAUAUAAUUGAAAAAAAAAAAAAAAAAA